CCCCACCUCGAAAACCAUUCUUCUCCCCCUACUCGGCGUCAAAUAAUAUUCAACAACACCCUAUAUUCUCCAAAAUCAACAAUUCGGACCCUUUUAUCAUCAAAUCAAGGACACCCAACUUAGAAAAAUUACAGAAAUAAAAACAUAUAAAUUGAUAUGAAGAAAUUGAAUAAUUUGGAAUCAAAUACAAUUAACAAAAAUAAAUAAGAAAAAAAUUAACCUUGAGAUAAGUGAGGAGAUUGUUACAGCGAAAUUGCCGGCGGCUGCACGCGAGGAGAGAGAAAGAGGUCGGAAGUCCAGAAAAGAGGGGUUGGGUUUAGGAUUUCGUGGUGGAUUCCGGGGAGGGGGCGCUGUCGUUGGGUGACUCGUAGAGAGGGGAAGAUUCCGGUGGUGGUGGGGGUGGGGAAGGGGGCUGCCGAAGGAUGGAGAGGGUGGGAAGGGACGUUUGCCGGACUGCCGGAGGAUGGAGUAGCGUGGGGUUAUUUUUUUUAUUUUUUUUUUAUACUUUUUUAGUUUUUUUUUUUUUAAUUUUUAAAAUUUUCUUUAAUUUUCAACCAAUCACAAAGUGACACGUAGCAUAUUCACCUAUCAAAUCCGGUUACCAACCGGGUUAAGGACCAAUGGAAGAAAAUCGCCUAUAAAGGUGGGAUUAUUAGAUAAUAAUCAAAAGGUGUGAUUAUUAAUGGCGAACCGAUCAAAAGUGGGAUUAUUAGAAUCAAAUUUCCUUUAUUUUAAUCCUUCUUUUUCUGUAUUCUUCUUAAAAUAGACAUUUGCUUCUUAAACCAACUUAUUUCUUGCCUCCAAAAUUUAUCUCUAAACUCUCUCUCUUUAUCUCUCACUCUCUCUCAACAUCCAUCCAUCCAUCCUUAAUACUACCGUAUCCAUGGAAACUCAGCAACAAGUUCGGCACGAAAAUCGUAAUAUUCGGGAUUCAGAAACAGAAGGAAAAGAGGUAGCAGAACAGGUGCAGCAGCAAAGAACAACACCAGGUGCAUCAGCAACUAAUUCGCCAGCAUCUUCACCAUCACAUGAAUUUUCCUUCACAAUCUCAUUGCAUACUUCUGCAACAACGACACCGAAAGCAUCAUCAUCGCCUUCCUUAGCAACGAAAUCAAAGAACCAACAAGAGGCUCCAUUAGCAAUUGAUUUAUCUCCUGCUGAUGAAAUCUUCUUCCAUGGUCAUUUACUUCCUCUCCACUUCUUAUCCCACCUCCACGCUUCCUCUGCUCGCCCCUCGACUCAUUCGUUAGACGGUUUUUCCAGCCAAAUCAGAGACGCCUUCCAUGAAGAAAAACCACUCACAAGCAGCACUACUGAUAACAGCAGCACCACCUGCAGCUGUACUGAAGACGACCAAUACAUCUCAUUCGACAAAGAUUACAGCAAAAUAGAAAUCAACAACAAUAUCAGCAGACACGAUUUUGGAAGUAAAGAAAGAAGCAGCAGUAGCAACAACAAGUUCAAAUCAUUCUCCCUCUUUGGUUUAUCAAAAUGGAAAAAACUGUCAGACAGUAAAGAAAAAACAGAACACCCAGAAAACUGCAGCAGACGAAAUAAACUGAAGUCUGACGUCACUCAAUUUCUUAAGAGAUACAUCAAUAUGGUGAAGCCACUGUUAUCUCCCAAAGGAGGUGGGAGAAGGGAUAGUGUACGAGUACGAAGGCAGUCGUACUCGUUCUCAGGGACGGUUAGUCCUCGAGACAAUAGAGAACUAAUGAGAGGAAGACGAGGAGAGUUUUCGGCCCCUGCAUCAAUGAGGACAUCACCUACUAACAGUGGACUUCUUUUGGCUACUGCAGGGGUGCCAUCACCUUCAAGUGAUAGCACCAUGGAAGAGUUGCAGGCUGCUAUUCAAGCUGCUAUUGCUCAUUGCAAGAAUUCCAUUUCAACUGAAGAUAAGAAAUCACAAGAAAUUUCAUCAUCAAUUCCUGUAAAUUAGAUUAGCAUUCAUUAUUAAUAUCAAUAUAAUCAUGAUUUUAUUUUCAGUUCUUGUUUUCUAGUAUAAUUCUUUUAUUUAAGUCUAUAUUAGACUAGUAUAUCAUAGAUGUAAAAUGUAUGCUAGUAAAUGUUGGCACGUGGUAAUCACGACAAUACAGGAAAUCGAAUUUUGUCUACAUCAUUGUUGUCCUGCACAGUGUCUUAGUCGUCGGUUUGAAAAAACAUAAUGG